AUGUCCCGAAUAGGAGGCUGGAGAUGGGAGGUCCCUCACUCGGAGUACUCCGUCCCGGAGGACGGGAACGUCGAGGCAGGAGACGGACUUGACCCGGGAUCAGUCGGCCUGGUCGCUACUCGAAUUCAGAUGUUCGACGGGAAGGAGAGGGGCACUAGGACCCUGGGAUACCAGCCCAGGAGGGUCAGGAAGGGUCUCCCGGACUACGCCACCCUCUCUCGCCUCCAGUCUGCCUCCACCCUCUCGCUUCCUGGCCCUGAGCCUCCAUCGGAUCCCCCGAAACGUUCCCGGCUCAGUCAUCUGUUCAGCUCCUCACAAGGCAACGACAAGGGAUCGGAGAAGGUGGAGGAACUCUAUCGGUGCCUGACGUCCUUCAGUGUGUACGGCCUCCCCAGGCUUCCUGAUGAGGUGAGGGGUCACUGGGAGAUCGGAGAGGGCCCUGAGGGACGGAUCCAGCUGCCCAACUCCUGGAAGGACGUGGUCCAUCGCCAUGAGGAAAUGUCCCGGAGACAGAGGCACCAGCAGGAGGCGCUCUGGGAGCUGCUGCAGACCGAGGUGACCUACCUGAGAAAGAUGAAGGUCAUCACCGACCUAUUUAUCUCCGGCCUCGUAAACCUCCAAUGGAACGGAAUUCUCCUUGAGGUGAGAUUAUGUCUGACUCUCUCUCGGCCUCUGCAUUUCUGUAGCCUCCCGAACCUGACGGUCUCGCCCCCGGAUGACCCCAGCAGCUCCGACUCCGAGCCCGAGCCCCCGAUGGAGGUCAAAAUUGAGCGGCCCCUGCGUCGCCCGAGGGGCCCGGCCCGCAGCCGCUCGCCCGUGAUCGUCGGGGCCCAAAGGGUCAUCGAGAGGCGGCUGAGACGGGAGGGCAGGACCAGGGGGGCCGAGACUCCAACCCGACUCCAGGCUUCGGGCCUAGCCAACGAAGGAGAAGGGAGUGAAGAGGAGGGCUCUCAAAUCCAGCCCCAGGCUUCGGGCCUAGACGUGAAGGGAGAGGAGACUGAGGACGAGGGCUCUCAAAUCCAGCCCCAGGCUUCGGGCCUAGACGUGAAGGGAGAGGAGACUGAGGCAGCGGGCUCUCAAAUCCAGCCCCAGGCUUCGGGCCUACACGGUGAAGGAGACGCGAGUAAAAGGGAGCAUUCUCAAAUCCAGGCCCAGGCUUCGGGCCUACACGGUGAAGGAGACUCGAGUAAAAGGGAGCAUUCUCAAAUCCAGGCCCAGGCUUCGGGCCUACACGGUGAAGGAGACGCGAGUAAAAGGGAGCAUUCUCAAAUCCAGGCCCAGGCUUCGGGCCUACACGGUGAAGGAGACUCGAGUAAAAGGGAGCAUUCUCAAAUCCAGGCCCAGGCUUCGGGCCUAGACAGCGAAGCAGAAGACAGUGAAGGGGACGGCUCUCAACUCCAGGCCCAGGCUUCGGGCCUAGGCGGGGAGAGAGAAGGGGCUGAGGGGGAGGGUCAGGAGGGGGAGAGAUGGCAGUCCACGACGGUGCAGGAGACCCUGAGGAGGGCAAAAGCCAUGGACAGCAAGAUGGCGGCUGCAGAACCGGACGCCGGGGGCUACCAGGCCCCAGAGAGACAAGGGGCUCCCUCUACAGCGGAGCCCCCGCGCGUCCCCAACCCCCUCCACCUCAACACGACAUUAACCACCUCCUGA